CUGAGGCAAAGCAGGAAUUGGCAACUGUUAGUAUUUCCAGGAGUCAUGCACAACAGAAUGAUGCGUAAUGGGAAAAAGAAAAGCGCUGCUUUUUACUUGGCUGCAGCUGUUCUGACGUGUUAUUUGGCGCAAACGAUAGACUGUUAUCGACUAAGAAAAACGAAAACACGAGGAUGGCGAAAAGAAGCUGAUGCAGCCAAAACAAUUGAUGUCCAAGACGGGGAAAUUGUCUUCGGGAGAGGCUUUGAGAAAGGGUCGGUCGUCGACGGAACCAAGAAGACGUCCUCGAACGCUUCUGUGGAGGAUGAAGCUGCUUAUCAAGCGGACUAUGCAGGCUGGUCGAAAGGACAAGCGCAAGAUGCCAGUUCAAAAGAGGCCAGUUCAAAAGAGGCAGCAUGGAAGCACAUGUCGCCCACCCUGCAGUGUGGUGGGGACCAGUUAAAGUUCAGAGUGGUGGGACCAGGAGACUCGCAGUUUGCAGUGGAACAAGGAAAUGCACCUCCGAUGCCUCUGUCCCAAGUCCCUUCCACAUGUGGCUACGGCAUAAACAGGAACUCUCUUUGGCUUACCAUGUCGGUCCCCUAUAAUGGCUGCAACAUAGUUCAAGAGGGUGGAAGUUAUGUGCUCCCAAUGCGUUGGCAGGGAAUACCAGUCUCACUGUCUUGUCCAAAGCCUGCAGCACCUGCCCCACAAAACCAACAACCUCAGAAACCCUGGUACCUGCCAUCAAUCCCCCACAUGCCCGAGGGGCAUAAGAACCCAGAUAAUUCACAUUACUUUUCACACUACAUGCAGUUUCCCAAAUACCCAACAGUACCGGAUCACUAUCAUCAGCAUCCAUUUAUGGCUCCCCAUCCACUCCCAAAACCAGAAACGACAACACCAACUAAACUGGAGCCACAGCAGUUUCCAUAUAUGGAUCACUAUCAUCAGCAUCCAUUUAUGGCUCCCCAUCCACUCCCAAAACCAGAAACGACAACACCAACUAAACCGGAGCCACAGCAGUUUCCACAUAUGGAUCACUAUCAUCAGCAUCCAUUUAUGGAUCACUAUCAUCAGCAUCCAUUUAUGGCUCCCCAUCCACUCCCAAAACCAGAAACGACAACACCAACUAAACCGGAGCCACAGCAGUUUCCAUAUAUGGAUCACUAUCAUCAGCAUCCAUUUAUGGCUCCCCAUCCACUCCCAAAACCAGAAACGACAACACCAACUAAACCGGAGCCACAGCAGUUUCCACAUAUGGAUCACUAUCAUCAGCAUCCAUUUAUGGCUCUCUAUCCACUCCCAAAACCAGAAACGACAACACCAACUAAACCGGAGCCACAGCAGUUUCCACAUAUGGAUCACUAUCAUCAGCAUCCAUUUAUGGAUCACUAUCAUCAGCAUCCAUUUAUGGCUCCCCAUCCACUCCCAAAACCAGAAACGACAACACCAACUAAACCGGAGCCACAGCAGUUUCCACAUAUGGAUCACUAUCAUCAGCAUCCAUUUAUGGAUCACUAUCAUCAGCAUCCAUUUAUGGCUCCCCAUCCACUCCCAAAACCAGAAACGACAACACCAACUAAACCGGAGCCACAGCAGUUUCCACAUAUGGAUCACCAUCACCAUCAUCAGCAUCCACAUAUGGAUCACUAUCAUCAGCAUCCACAUAUGGAUCACCAUCACCAGCAUCCAUUUAUGGCUCUCCAUCCACUCCCAAAACCAGAAACGACAACACCAACUAAACCGGAGCCACAGCAUUCUCUACAUAUGGAUAAGUAUCCAUUUAUGGUUUCAUAUCCACUCCCUAAACCGAAGCCACAGCAGUGUCCACAUAUGGAUCACCAUCAUCAGCAUCCACAUAUGGAUCACCAUCACCAUCAUCAGCAUCCACAUAUGCAUCACCAUCACCCAUUUAUGGCUCCCCAUCCACUCCCAAAACCAGAAACGACAACAACUAAACCGAAGCCACAGCAGUGUCCACAUAAGCAUCCAUGAUGAUAUCCACCUUUCCAGGAUCCUUUUCACUUUAGGAAGGACCAUCCCGCCUAGCCUGCUCAAACUGUUCUAAUAAAUUAUUUCAAU